GACCCGUCAUGCACUGUGUAUUCUGACAUCUUUCUAUCAGAACCAGCAUUAACUUCUUCAGCAAAUUGUGUAACAGUAGCUUGUCUGUUGGAUCAGACCACACAGGCCAGCCUUCGCUCCUCACAUGCAUCACUGGGCUUUGACCACCCAUGACCCAUGGCUGGUUCAUGACUGUUGGACCACUUUUGAUAGAUACUGACCACUGUAGACCAGGAACACCCCACAAGAGCUGCAGUUUUGGAGAUGCUCUGAUCCAGUGGUCUAGCCAUCACAAUUUGGCCCUUUGUCGAACUUACGCUUGCCAAUUUUUCCUGCUUCUAACACAUCAACUUUGAGGGCAAAAUGUUCACUUGCUGCCUAAUAUAUCCCACCCACUAACAGGUGCCAUGAUGAGGAGAUCGUCAGUGUUCUUCACGUCACCUCGUUCUGCUUAGAAUUUUAUGGCUGAUCGGUGUAGCUUGGCAGGGAGCUAUAAAAUAUUCAUCUGAACGACUGCAUUAUUUUAUAAAUCAAUAAUAAAAGAUAUGACAAAAGUGUGUGGUUCCUAAAGGUGAACAAACGCUGUGGAACCGGACAAGUGAGACUGGCUUCAUCACAAGACUGUGUCAGACCCUCUAAAUACUCAUGCAGUAUUACUUGUGGACCUCAUGGAGGGAGUCUGGAUGCAAGCUUGGGCAUUUGUCACUGUGAGAUGUAUGUCUCUGUGGAGGAGCUGUGUAACUCCUCAUGCUUGUCUGCACUGCCUGUGCUAUCUGCCAGACUGGCUCCAAAUGGACAGCUGGUGCUCAGGAUCAAAGCGACGGAUGAAAGCAAAAUCUGGAGCAGAAACAUGAUGAAUUUACUGGGUCCUGACAGACAUAUCAGCAGCUUCGGAAAGAUCCACUUUGUCCAGUUUUCUCCAGAUGGAGUGUUUGGUUGGAUUUUAAAGGAUCCUGUACUUAUUGACAUCUUUUUAUCUGAACCAUUUGAAAUUCUGGAUGGACAUCCAAGAAAGCGAAGAGACACCCAUGAGCUAGGAUUACUGAUCUCAGGGCCUUUGCCUCGCAUUCCCAACCCCAUAGCUUGCCUUUCCCCCAAUGACAUGCUCAUCUUUCAGCUUACCAUCAACUACACAGACCGUCUCCUCAGCCAUUUUCCAGUCUAUCAAAAGAACCAUCUGUUCAGCAGUAACCCUACUUGGGACUUUGGUGCAUUCAGACAACUGGAACGCCUUGUCAAACAUUCCCAAUUUAAUUCUACCAGAUUUGCACAUGUAUUCAUGGAGCCAGGGAAGUAUGUGUUCCUGGACAAUGCAGUGCCAGACUGGAGCCUGAUAGUUGUAGUGAAAGAGGAGGGCACUGAUUGUGAUCCUACUGCAGCUGCCUUUCAGCCCACCUCUCCAGCACAGCUGGUGCGACAUAGGAUUGUCAGACAUCAGCGCCUCAACCUGCUGCCUGACUGGGGCACCAUUGGAGGGGUAUUGGCACUGAUGCUGAUACUAAUAGUGGUGUUGACUCUGUCUGCCCUGCUACUGAGACCUAAUCACAACAACCUCAUUGCUAAAGGCAGACCUAAGCCUAAAUGGCGCAGCUUAGGAGACCCUGCUGUUCCUGUAGCAUAUGUCUACAAUGGAGAGUGCAUGGAUAGCACUCUACUGGGAUUAAGGGGAGUGGGUGAGGGUGCAGAAGAAGAAGAACCUGCUUUGUGCAAAGGAUUCAAGAAUAUGUUCAUGGAGCUGGAAGGCUUCAAUGUGAAAACAUUGUACGACAAAUUAGAGGACCAGAAUUUACAUCUGGCAUCACAGCUGGCUAAGCAUCGCAAAGAUACACAGGAGUUCUUCAGGAAUAUCUGUCAGCAGACUGACAUGCUGCGGGAUGUUUUGGAGAAUAUGGAGCCCUCAAAACUGAACCAGUGGAAAAAAAUGAUAGAGAGUAAUGCGCAAGCUAAGAAGGAAUCAGUUUCUGUGGAGUCUUCCAUGGGCUUGAUGGAGGCUCUGCUGAAGUCUUUAGAAGCUGUGUUGUUUAGACUGAACAGAGAGGUGUGGCAUCAACAGCAACAACAACACAGAGAAAGCAGAGAGAGUCAAAUCCACACCAGAAACACCCAGAUUUCUUCAACUGACAUGAGUGACCUGAAAGCCCGGUCAGAUACAAAAGCAGAUUCUUCUGGCCCAGGUGGGAGGAAAUGUCUCUCAGUUCCUCCUUUGAGCACAGUACCUUGUGUAAGUGAAGAGGAUCUGGCCAAGCUGGUGGCUCUCACACCUCUCACCAGAACUCUGCAGGACAUACAGCAGUCUCUGCAAGAACUCAGCCACAAGGCUAGGGAAGGUUCUUCUCCAGCAAUUCCAGAUGACCCUGCAGACUGGACAUCGGCACAGCUGAUUCCUGUUGCUCUCGACAACCUUUCUCCAGGGCACUUUGCAGUGUUCCUGUUUGGUUGCCAUGUCGUUCGUCUGCUGAGCCGAGUCUGCUCCUUCCCUCCCGUCAUGCUGCUACUGGCUAAAGCUCUUCCAGUCACAUGCACUGAUUCUCUGCUGGUCUGCUGCAACAAAGAGUUUUACUACGACAUUUCCAACCAGAUCCUGUAUAUCCUCGAGAGCAAGCUUCAAAAUGCUGGCCAAUUUAUCUCAGUUCUUGUACAUUCUAUGGCCUAUAUUAGCUCAGGCUCUGCUCCACAAGAUUUCACCGGUGCUCUCCACACAGCUAUAUCUGCCCUGAGUAUGCAGUUAUUCCAUCUCUCCUUCACUCUGGAGCAGCAGGAAUGCACGAUUAAGGAGGAGAACCCAGAUGUUGUCUUUGGAACAAUAGUGGAGGACUUCCUCAGUGUUAAAGUUCCACCAGAAACUCAAUUCUCCCAAACUCUAUUGGCAGAAAGAUUGCAGAAGUAUAAGUACUUCAAAGUGGAGCAUAUACUUCAUGAACAGAAAGCCUUUUCAGCAUGCAGAUCUGCAGAAGAUACUGGUCACAUGAGCUGUAAAGCUGUAGAGCAGGAGCAAGCGUCGAGGUUAAAGCUUCAACAGCAGGACACAGUGGAACAGAGACUGAAGGAAAUGAGAGACAGGCUGUCUAACUCUAGUGCAGCACAGAGAACUGUUUGUCAGGAAGAAAACCAACCCCAAACUACAGAACAAACACAUCCAGACAGCCAGUCCAUGAACAAACACACAGUCAAAGCAGCUGACAGGCAGGGAGUGGUCACUGAGCCAUUCCUCAGCGAUAAACAACACAGCAAACACAAGGAGGAGGCUGAGGAGGAAAAGGACAUGACGGUUUAAAUAAUAAAUUGUUAGCUGUAAAUACAUUUUUAUCUCCCAAGCACUGAUUUAUACAGUUUUCAACAACUUGAGCGAAAAGUAGAAUCGAAAUUUAGAAUUCUUUAGCAGUUUAGUAACUUUACUAAACUUUAGUAGUUUCUUUUUUCUGCUUUAAUGACAGUGUGCACUCAAGCUCUUAUGGACUGAACAGUUUUGUAAAACCUCAUGAUCUACGUUAGAGCUGAUGAUCGUCGCAGUGUUGCAGUCUAAACGUGCUUCAAUGGAUGGAAUAAAACUCAAGGACCUUAAAGAAUUCAUUCACAAAUUUACUUAAGUUUAAAUAAUGGCCUAGGAAUGGUGCAGUAUCGUGAAUAUUGAAUAAAGACAUUGAACCUUAAGUUUUGCAGUGUGGUCUGGGACUUCAGUAUUUGUAUGGUGACAUGGGAAAACCCUGAAACUUCAAUUAUAUAUUACCACUUGGAUAGAACCACUGGGAGACUAUCACACCAUCUCUGAACUGCUGUUGCAUCUGUCAGCUUGCGACAGCAAGGGAUUAGUGCUGAGUCUGUAAUGAACACAGAAACUACACUGACCUAUUAGUUCCUCAGGAGCGCUUGGUUGCUGUUGUAGACAUCAUUUACGUUAUUGACUGUCCGGUGUCACCCAA